AAUCAAUCUUCAAUCUCUUAUCCAUUUUUUGCUCCCUUUUUUUCAGCUGUUUUCUCUAUUUUCCUUUGGAUCUCUGAAGCAGCCGCCGGUUCUUUGAUCUCCACCUCUCUGAGAUCAACAUUCAAUCUAUUUCCCAAGGAUAUUAACUGAAAUGGCUGGAGGAUUAAUCCACCGGGUUAUAAGGAGGAAAUUUCAAUCUCAAUCUGCCGUUCAAGCUUUAUCAUGGCUUACAUCGAGGAAAGCUAAUGAAGAUGCUGGUUCUGCUGGUAUGAAGGUUGCACUCCUUGGAGCCGGUGUUACCGGUUUACUAGGUUUCGCAACAGUAGCUUCUGCUGAUGAGGCAGAACACGGGUUAGGAGUUCCAAAUUAUCCUUGGCCUCACCAAGGCAUCCUCAGUUCAUACGACCAUUCUUCGAUUCGCCGUGGUCAUCAGGUUUACCAGCAAGUAUGUGCAUCCUGCCACUCUAUGUCUUUAAUAUCAUACCGUGAUUUGGUGGGAGUUGCAUAUACAGAAGAGGAGACGAAGGCUAUGGCAGCUGAGAUUGAAGUGGUUGAUGGUCCUAAUGAUGAGGGCGAGAUGUUUACUCGUCCUGGUAAACUCAGUGACCGCUUCCCUCAGCCAUAUGCAAACGAACAAGCAGCUAGGUUUGCAAAUGGAGGAGCUUAUCCUCCAGAUCUAAGUCUCAUUACCAAAGCUCGUCAUAAUGGCCAGAAUUAUGUGUUUGCGCUUCUAACUGGUUAUCGUGAUCCUCCUGCUGGUAUUCGUGAAGGGUUACACUAUAACCCUUACUUCCCUGGGGGUGCAAUUGCCAUGCCAAAAAUGCUUAUUGAUGGUGCUGUAGAGUAUGAAGAUGGCACCCCUGCAACUGAAGCUCAGAUGGGGAAAGAUGUUGUGACAUUUUUGUCAUGGGCAGCAGAACCCGAAAUGGAAGAAAGGAAGCUGAUGGGUUUUAAAUGGAUAUUCGUAUUGUCGCUGGCAUUGCUCCAAGCUGGCUACUACCGCCGCUUGAGGUGGUCUGUUCUCAAAUCUCGCAAGCUGGUCGUUGAUGUUGUCAACUAGCUGCCCUCUCGGUUUCUCUCAUGUUAAACUGUUAAUGUGCUUUCUCAGAUUUGUUUCGGCAAUAAUUGUUUAUCGAGACUUUCUGGGUUCUGCCAUAUGACCAAAUUGGUGGUGAUGGAUAACCUAAUGAGUCUUGGGUUUUUGGGUCGAGAAUAAAUAAGCUACUCGACACACAUCAAAAUUCAUCAUUUUUGCUCAAAGACUUGAAUUUAUUUUA